AUGUUGACGAACCGACGAAUAAAUAUGAUGGCGCCGCCCCGACAUCCCCCUCGCUACCGUCUGAUGAAGUUUGUGUUGUACUUGUUCCUCGCCACCUUCAUCGUCGCCCAGGUGAUCCCCCGCGCCCUUAAUGGCUCCAAGCCCGCCCCCUUGGUCAUCUCGUUCGACGUCGAGGUGCUGCCGUUAAUUGAGCUGGUGGCAACCCUGCUCGAGCUCGUGAAGAAUGUGCUGGACACGGUGAUCAACACGGGUGUCGAUGCCAUCAACGCUGGCGCCGAUGCCAUCGACGCGAUUGUCAACCCUCAGCACCAACAACAAAACCAGCCCAAUGAAGCGCAAAACCAAAAGAGAGGCAUCAUCUUCGGUAAAAACGGCGUGGCUAACACCGUAUGGAAAAUCGUGUUUGGCUGGACUGGUCUUCCUGACCCUUGGAACCCCCCUCAACAGCAACAACAGCCUCCACCUCAACCCCAGCCUACCACUUCUAGAGCGCCUCAACCUCAACCUACUACGUCAAAACAGCCUCAGCCUCAACCGACGACGUCUAAGGCUCCCAACCCUCAGCCGACCACGUCGCCGGAUAACACUGCCGUCGCCGGACUCGAUAUGAACUUGAAGGGUGUCUACUAUAUGGUGGUUAAAGGCGGUCUGCAAAAGCUGCUGUUCAAGGCACUUAUCGACACUGGUUCCUCCGAUAUGUGGGUGAAACAAGCGGUGUUUGACCCUGCUCAAUCGCUGAGUGGCAGAGUCACCUCUACACCCUACGGGGUCCAAUACCAAGGUACUCUGGGCUCAUCGCUGGGUGUGUGGGCUUACGACGACUUCUCCAUUGGUAACGUCGACUUGACCAACUUCCAAUUCGCUCUGAUUAAGGAGCUGAACCACUAUGAUGACGCGUUAAUUGGUGUGGGUAAGAAGGACUUGGAACAGACCCAAAACAAGUACGACAACUUGCCCUGGGCCUUGAAAGCGCAAAACAAGAUCUCUAAGGCCGCCUACUCGUUGUACUUGAACACCGCCAAGGCCGCCACUGGCUCCAUCUUGUUUGGUGGGGUUGACCACGCCAAAUACCAAGGCGACUUAGUCACCCUUAAGUCCGAAGGCGCUCGUCUUUGGGGUCAACUUGACUCGGUGCUGAUCGCCGGUCAAGAGAUGCCGUUGAACCAACAGGUGGCGUGGGACUGUGGCUUCACCUUGACGGUGUUGCCGGAAAACUUUGUCAAGACGAUGUUGGCUCACUACACCGGGGUGCAACGCUCAGGUACUAACUACAUUGUUGACUGCAACCAGGACACCAGCAAGAAGAUUGCCUUCAAGUUUGGCCAGGGCACUGCUAAGCAGACCACAGUGGAAUUCGGCUUGGACCGGUUCAUGUGGUUAUACAACGACCUCUGUGUGUUCGGGGCUAAGGUGCAAAACGCCCUGGCCAACUUCCCCGAUAUGGUGUUGGGGGCGUCGUUCUUGCGUAACGCCUACACCGUGUUUGACUUGGAAGACAACACCAUCCAGGUGGCUCCCGUCAAGUAUACUACCGACUCCGACAUCCAAGUCCUCUAA